AUGUGGCGCGCUAGGUGGGAUCCCGGCGUCCUGAAGGCAGAGGCCCUGGCCCUCCUGCCCUGCGGCCUGGGCAUGGCGUUCUCCCAGUCCCACGUGAUGGCCGCCCGCAGGCACCAGCACAGCCGGCUCCUCAUCGAGGUGGACGAGUACAGCUCCAACCCCACGCAGGCCUUCACCUUCUACAACAUCAACCAGGGCCGCUUCCAGCCGCCACACGUGCAGAUGGUGGACCCCGUGCCUCAUGACGCCCCCAAGCCGCCUGGCUACACCCGCUUUGUCUGUGUGUCUGACACCCACUCGAGGACAGACCCCAUCCAGAUGCCCUACGGCGACGUGCUGAUCCACGCCGGGGACUUCACGGAGCUGGGGCUCCCGAGCGAGGUGAAGAAGUUCAAUGAGUGGCUUGGCAGCCUGCCCUACGAGUACAAGAUCGUCAUCGCCGGCAACCACGAGCUGACCUUCGACCAGGAGUUCAUGGCCGACCUCAUCAAGCAGGACUUUUACUACUUCCCGUCCGUGUCGAAGCUGAAGCCGGAGAACUACGAGAACGUGCAGUCGCUGCUGACCAACUGCAUCUACCUGCAGGACUCGGAGGUCACCGUGCGGGGCUUCCGGAUCUACGGCUCCCCGUGGCAGCCCUGGUUUUACGGCUGGGGCUUUAACCUCCCGCGAGGACAAGCACUGCUGGAGAAGUGGAACCUCAUUCCUGAAGGCGUGGACGUCCUGAUAACCCACGGACCCCCGCUGGGCUUCCUGGACUGGGUCCCCAAGAAGAUGCAGCGGGUGGGCUGCGUGGAGCUGCUCAACACGGUGCAGCGGCGUGUCCAGCCGCGGCUGCACGUCUUCGGCCACAUCCACGAAGGGUACGGCGUCAUGGCGGACGGGACGACCACCUACGUGAACGCGUCCGUAUGCACCGUGAACUACCAGCCCGUGAACCCGCCCAUUGUCAUCGACCUGCCGACGCCCCGGAACUCCUGA